GGGAACAGCAAUAAACCUUGGAGAUGCUUCUUCUUUACGAGACGAAUCUUUUUUUUUUUCUAAGCAAGAGGGAAAGUGACAAGAGACCAAUAAUUCAUGGGAACCCUGUGGCUCAGCAAUUUAUACAACUCGUAUACAACCAUUUCAAGGUGUCUCAUGAAGAUCAAAAUCCCAUAACUGAGACAGCUAAGGUUUUGAAACUACGUGAGACCACUGUCUAUAAAUAUAAGGAUGGUUCAGUUGAGUCUGAAAUUACCCCUGUCACGCGGAAGCGUAAGAAGUUGCAGACAACUGAUUCAAGUGGAAGCGUCAAACAGACUAUUCGAUUAGAGAUAUACAAAUGUAUACAUUUUGUAUAGAGUAAGUUGAUGUUCUACUUUGAACAUAGAGUUGUUUCAAUGUUACUUCAUAUUAACAUUACCAGUAGAUUAUUCCGAAAGAAUACACCUGAUAACAUUGGAACUUCUCAGAUCAAAUUAAACUGUUUUUCAUAG